AUGGGCGGACUCGCCUGGAUUUUCGCCCUCCUUCCCCUCUUUCCGCGACCGAUAUCUAUCGAACUCGCAUUCUACGAUCUCAUCACAACAAAGAACAGUGAACUUGAUAACUUGAAAACCGAUUACUGGAAAGCGGGAAAAAUCUACAGCGAUGUGGUCCUACCCACAGAAGAAAGUAAUGCACGAUACCGGAUGCUGUGCCAACGAGCUUACUCAAUCUCCUUCAUUGCGUCCUCUGAAAGCGAGAGAGAUUCUUUGAGAAAUCACUCAAGCGAUCCACAGAUAUAUUGGACUAUUCUUGAGCUUGCACCAUUAGACUUCCUCAAUUGGCGUGAAGCCCUAUCCCCAAUGACCAUCGAGAAAUCUGAUGGCCUAACAAGUCUAAUUAGGUAUUCGCUCGAAGCACUAGCACUUGUUGUGAAAGGUUAUGAGCGUAUUCUCUCCUACUUCGAUGAGAUCAUCGUCGAAAAGGACGUUUUCCUAGAUCCCGAGGCUCAUGAUAGUCUUCUCACCGACGACGAGCCUUUCUCAAGAUCCAAACGAUACUUUUGGGCAAUCACGACACUCAAGGAAAUAAACCAUACUGUCAUUGACAAUAUCCAGGAGAUCGAGAACUUGCUGGGUGUCAGAAGCCCGAUGGAUAGCGCGACAGAGUCUUCGGCGGGUGAACCUCGAAUGGAUUGGAGAGAGAGCAGAAUCGACUUAACGAGUAUCGGAGGCAAAUGA